AGAGGGGAGCAGGGACGGGGAUCGCCGGCUCUCAGCACCGCACCCCGGCACCGUCCCCGGGAUGCCCUAGAUCCCCUGCGGUGACUUUCUGCUUGCACCGGCUCUCUUCUUCUCCCUUUCCCAAUGAAAAGCAGAUUUGCUUCUUGUGUGCUGGCUUUACUACUCUUUUGUUACUCCUCUGAUUCUUACGAACCAACGACAUUGCCUGAUCCUCGGGAUCCAAAGUUUAUUCGGGAAUGUGUGCAAACCCAUAACACACUGAGGUCGCAAGUGGAUCCACCAGCCAGCAACAUGCUCUACAUGACUUGGGAUCCAGAUUUGGCAAAGACUGCAAAAGCCUGGGCAAAGAAAUGCGUAUUUGAACAUAAUAUACACCUCAAAGAGCAAGGGAAAACUCACCCCAGAUUUAAUUUUGUUGGAGAAAACAUCUGGACUGGCUCACUUCAUGUCUUUACCGUGAAAGCAGCCCUCGCCUCUUGGUUCCACGAGGUCGAAUACUAUGAUUACACCACCAAGAGGUGCAGUAAAGUAUGUGGCCACUAUACGCAGGUAGUUUGGGCUACAAGCUACAAGGUUGGCUGUGCUGUCCACUUCUGUCCCAAGGUGACCUACACCUCCAUAACCAACGCAGCACACUUCGUCUGCAACUAUGGGCCACCUGGAAAUUACCCAGUGCAUCCAUACAAGACAGGAGAAGCAUGCAGCGAGUGCGGUGGUGAGCAGUGUGAAUAUCAACUGUGUCGAAAUGCAGAGCGUGACAAAGUCAUUGAGGAUCCCAAGUGGUAUCCAGACUGGGACAGACCUGCAUGUGAUGAGUUCUGCAUCUCCAUUAUUGCUUUAAGAUCAAUACUACUUAUACUGACAAUUGUGGCCACCUGGCUCUUACCAAAAUAUUGGUCUCUAGUACCUGCCACUGUGUAACACACAUGUAGAAGAUCACAAGAGCACUUAACUCAUCUCUUCCAUUCACAUAAGUUACAGACAGCGCAAACAUUGGUAGAGACAUUGUUUGCAUACACAGGUGAUUUAGAGGUACAAAAAUAACACCUUCAUUGCAAGUUGUAGUUACAAGCACUCAUAAGCAGCUUUCUCAUUGCUCAGAACCAGUUAAAAGUUAAAAUUGAUUUAGAUGUUAAUAUUGUUUUAAAAGUUAAAAAGUUAAAAUAUUUUUAAAUUGGAGCAGCGUGCAUGUGAUCUGGUGGGUACAGGAGCAUAUUGUCCAGGCAGCACAUCUAGUUGCAGGCAGCUGCCCAACACACCUUAGGAAGGGCUGGAGAGUGUCCAGCAUAGCAGCUAGGCCCCAGCCCACAGCAAAGGCACAGGCAGAGCAUGCACCUCUCAUUCCUAUUUCACUCAUCAUCUUGCACUCCUACAGCAAGAUGAAGGGUGGCCUGUAUAAUUUAAUAUUUUUUAAGGAAUUUUUGGAUCCGUAUGAGCUCUGGCAUUUGCAUCCUGUGGCAGGCCGUGCACUUUCCAGUCUCACAGAACACUUGUCAUUGGUACUUCGCUUUGCUUAGAAUUUGUUUUUAAACUCAUGGUAUCUGUGCCUAAACAGUUUCACCUGUGUUUACAUGGUUAUGUAUCACUGCAAUCUUUCCUGUUAUAUUUUUUGAGUAUAGGUGUUUUACUGCUGUUUCAAACAAUAAAU